CGAGCGGGGAAUAAUCCGGAGGAUUAUGCGCGCGGGCGCGGCGCCCCCCCCCCUUCGCCUGCCCUGCAUAUCCCCAGAUAUUCCAUAAAAACCUCAAAUCCCCGGUGGCAGCCCCGCGGUCUGCGCCAGCCGGCCCCCCCCGGGCCAGGCAUGUCCUGCGGCGCGGGGGCAGCCCCCAGCCAUGGGCAACUGCACCAAGACCCCUGAGCGGCGGCUCCCCAAGGACGGGAAGCCGCGCUCUGGCGUCCCGGGCUCCGGCGGGGGGGACCCGGAGGAUGUGCUGGACUCGGCGCAGACCCCCACUCUGCAGGGAUACUCGGUGCUGCAGGGGCUGGUGGGGCCGGCCUGCAUCUUCCUGCGGCAGAGCAUCGCCAUCACCCAGCGGGACCGGGAGCUGCGGCCCGAGGAGAUUGAAGAGCUGAAGCACGCGUUCCAGGAGUUCGACAAGGACCACGACGGCUACAUCAGCUACAAGGACCUGGGCGAGUGCAUGCGGACCAUGGGCUAUAUGCCCACGGAGAUGGAGCUCAUCGAGCUGUCACAGCAGAUCACCGGGGGCAAGGUGGAUUUCGACGAUUUCGUGGAGCUGAUGGGCCCCAAGAUGCUGGCGGAGACGGCGGAUAUGAUCGGGAUCAAGGAGCUGCGUGAUGCCUUCCGUGAGUUCGACACCAACGGGGACGGGCAGAUCAGCAUGGCGGAGCUGCGGGAGGCCAUGCGCAAGCUGCUGGGGCAGCAGCUCAACUACCGCGAGGUGGACGAGAUCCUCAAGGAUGUGGAUCUCAACGGCGACGGCCUGGUGGACUUUGAAGAGUUCGUGCGGAUGAUGUCGCGCUGAGGGCGGUGUGUGCCAACGUGGGACCCGGGCCCCCCCGUGCCUUACGACGAGGAGGGGGCUGUGCAGGGACCCCCGGCUGCAGGGGCCGGGGCGGUGCCGCCCCAGCCUGGGGUGAGGUCGAGCGCCGGGGCUGCUCUGAUGCCGAGCUGCGACUGCGGCAGGAGGCGCCGGGGCCCAGGCCGGGACCCUUUUCGGCACAGACUCGGCCGAGCUUCGGCCACUCUCGCUCUCAUCUCUGCUCUCUCCCUCUAUCAUCCCCCUCCCUCCCCGACCUCACCCCAAAAGUCAGACCAUCACAGUCUCCUCUACUCCAGCUGUACUCCCUCCUUCUGCUCGUCCCUACACCCUCUGUUCCCACCCUGUAUCCCACACUGAGCCCCUUAGGCUCCCCCCACGCUGUGUUUAAUGUUGACCCCACAGCACAACCCCCUCCAUCACCAUGGUUUGAGCUCAGACCUACCCCUAACCUGCCUAAUAUCCCCAGUGCAGGGGACGCUCCUGGGGGCCUCAGUGCCCCACCAGGACCCCCUCAAGGAGAGAAACCGGGAAUCAGGUGUUCCCAGGCGGAGGGGGCUCGGUGUGCUGCAGGCAGGGCUGGCACGGGUGCCCUUCCUCACCCUGGCUGCAGUUUUGGGGUCAAUUCUGCCCUUUGAAAAUGAAAAAAACCUCUCUCUGCA